GUAGGGUACGCUAUGAUAGCCUAAUUGCAAUGUCAAUAUUGUAUAUUACCCUACAUUAUCAUCUAAGCAAUGAAUCUGUAUUUUUUUUCAGAAAAGGGAACCAAGACGUGUCAAUCCCUCUAUGUGUAUCGUCCAAUCAGCAGGAGUCCUGCUCUCCACUUCCGCUGGUAAUUGGGGGAAGAUGAGAAAGGCGUGCGCACGCAUGGCACAGAGUAAACACUCGCUCCCAGAGAGGAACUGGUAGAAGUGUCAGAUGGAAGGAGAAAAAGAGUGAAGGAAGAAAAUAGAUACAAUCAUUUAUGUAGACCGUUGUAUCAUUUGGAAAUUUGUAGCUUCCAACACUUCAGAUUCGAAGAGCAGAAGCGGAGAAGAGUGUUUAUGAAUGGUCUUUUUCCGACCAGCCUCCCUCGACAAGGAUCCUAGAAGAGAGCGUCCUUUUGUGGGAGUUUACUGAAUCUAUACGUCCAGCAGAAAACCAAAACUUUUCAUAUUUUAAAUAAUUUAUUUAAAAAAAAAAAAAUCCUACGGAAUGCAUAAAGAUAAUUUUCUAUUCACCAAUCGCUGCCUUUAAUCUGAUGGAAAGUGAAUACAUUUUCAUAGGCCUACUAAUAGAUAAACAAAACAUCAACUUUCAUUUGCAUUUUUGUUAAUCUUUUGAUGGAUUAGUUGAAUUUUUGUAUCUCCAUUUUAUGGCAUAGUAUAACAUUCAACACGCUUUCUCAACAUUUUUUAAAAAAAAUCUUGGAUUAGAGCACUCUGUUUGAGAAGGUAAAUUGAUCCAACGAGGGAAGAGGGAGAUCAAUCACAGGCUUUAUGGUUUGGGGAAUGGCAACAGCCACCUCCAGUCCAUACCUGGCCAGCAAUAGGAUCCUGUCCACCGGCUCCAUCGUGCACUCAGACCGGGGGGUCGGUGACAUGCAGCCGGGGAGCACUGCUGUCACCUCGGUGGCGGGCGGAUACAGAGGGGACUCCUCGGUGAAGAUGGUGCAGAGUGACUUCAUGCAGGGCGCUAUUGCGACGAGCAACGGGGGACACAUGUUAAGCCAUGCCCACCAGUGGGUGACAUCCCUGCCUCACGCCGCCGCUGCAGCAGCCGCAGUGGCAGCUGCCGAAGCCGGUUCUCCCUGGUCCCCCGGCCCGGUGGGAAUGACAGGCAGCCCGCAGCUGCAGGACGUGAAGAGAAACUCCGGCAGAGAGGACCUGCACUCGGGCUCCGCUCUACACCAUAGGUCUUCGCAUCUGGGCUCCCACCAGGCACACCCAGGAGCCUGGGGAGGCACCUCAUCCCCUCACAUCUCCAGCAUCUCCAGCAUCUCCGAAGGACAGCAGCAGCAACAGUCGCUGAUGUACUCCCAGACCGGGGGAUUCACGGUUAACGGGAUGCUCAGCUCACCGGGUAGUAGAAGCCUAAUGCACCUGGGGAUGGUGAGGGGGGAAUCCCCUGAUCUCGACCACGGCAGCCACCACCAUCACCACCACCACCAGCAUCCACAUCAUCCGCAGCACCACGUCGGGGUGAGCCAUGACGCUCAGUCCGACGAGGAUACGCCAACCUCGGACGACCUGGAGCACUUCGCCAAACAGUUCAAACAGCGCCGGAUCAAACUGGGCUUUACACAAGCGGACGUGGGAUUGGCGCUGGGCACCCUGUACGGAAACGUCUUCUCACAGACCACGAUAUGCAGGUUCGAGGCCCUGCAGUUGAGCUUCAAGAACAUGUGCAAGCUGAAGCCGCUGCUCAACAAAUGGCUGGAGGAAGCCGACUCGACCACCGGUAGCCCCACCAGCAUCGAUAAGAUCGCGGCGCAGGGCAGGAAGAGGAAAAAGCGCACGUCCAUCGAGGUGAGCGUCAAAGGAGCUUUGGAGAGCCACUUUCUCAAAAGCCCUAAACCAGCAGCGCAGGAGAUCACCUCUCUGGCUGACAGUUUACAGCUGGAGAAGGAGGUGGUCCGGGUCUGGUUCUGCAACCGCAGGCAGAAGGAGAAGAGGAUGACGCCGCCGGGGCUGCCACACAGCCCGGAGGACGAGUACUCCCAGGUCGACAACAUGAGCGCAGGCACACCGUCACCUUCCAUGGACUGCAAGCGAAUGUUCAGCGAUACGUGAGAAAUAAACAAAACACCGAACAAUAAUAUUUCUUUGGGAUGAAUACUAGCAAGAUAAAUUAUAUUUUACAUGUGUGCCAAGCGGGAACAGUUACGUUUAGGCCUACAUGAAACAAUGAAACAAAACAAAAAUAUUACCCAUCCACAUUACUCCAUCCUGACGAACGGUGUAUUUUCUCUUAGGAAAGUUAGAAAUUAAAACGUGCGAUAUUAGGCAACACAUUGUCGAAUGGACAAUCUUAAUCAGUUUUUAGCCUGCUAUAUAUUCCAAUAAAGUGUGUGUGUGUGUGUGUGUGUGUGUGUGUGUGUGUGUGUGUGUGUGUGUGUGUGUGUGUGUGUGUGUGUGUGUGUGUGUGUGUGUGUGUGUGUGUGUGUGUGUUGUGUGUGUGUGUGUUUCACAAACUAUAUCUUUCCCUUUUAUUUUAUUUGGAACUUGCCCUGCUUUCACCAAAAUUAUUGUUUCAGUUCUCUGCCCCAUCUUUGGCCCCAUGUGAAAAACAAUGAUACGCUUUAACAUCUCCCAAUGAUCGCCCUUCUUAUUUUGUAAUAUUUCAUAUUGUGUGGGCCUAUUUUAGAACAAACAAAAUCAACGACACUUUUUUUGCAGCACUUAAUGUUAUUGGAAAUGUUCCCUUCUGCAGUUGAAGGGGGUCACAUUACAUUCCCAAGCAUUAGUCUUAUAUGCUUUUGUUUUGUUUUUACAAACAAGUUAUGAUAGAAUAUUUUUAAGAAUCUGAAUCUUUUUCACCAUGCUGACUUUCUGUUCUAAUGCUACCAUAUAAUUCAUGUACUAUAAUGAGCAAUACUUUAUUUACCCUCAACUUUGCAUUAUGUGGUAUUGAUGACUUAACAGUUUUAUUCAAGUUUGUUAUGAUUAGACUGUUAUUUCAGUGAUGAUUGGCCUAUGCCUACAUGUUAUGUUCAAAGGAGCGCGAAUUCCCAAAAGCUGACGUCAUUGUUGUUUGUUAUAGCCUUGUAUACUUCUAUGUGAUGAUUUUGACAGUAGCCUAAUAUAUUUGAAGUGGUUAUUUCAUGAAGGAUUAUUGAGAACAAUAAAUUUGUCAUAACGGAUA